AGCCUGAAGGCACCACUCCCCUCCAUGUCUUUCUCCCUUCUUCUUAAGGUUGUUGUCACUUAACUCACGCACCAGCGGAGACGCGUUAGCUGCCAGUGUGUUGGUGAGGGUUUGAGGUCUGGCGCUUGCAGUGGGACUUUGAGGCGCUGGCAGUAGCAGCAUGUGGGGGAUUUUGUACCUGCUUUUGACUCUUGCUCAGCCGCUCUGGUGUCAGACCACAGCUGCUCCUGUCACCGCUCAGGACUGCAGUCUGGACUGUAUCCAAAAGGGAGACCCAGCAUGUGAAUACUGCAGAAUAACCAGGAGUCACAUCACAAAGGGUCUGGGUUUUAACUCCAUUGAGGCAUUUGGAAGUUGUAUUCCAUGGCCAUGUUUUGAGCUGCUAGGAGAUGAAGACCCUAAAAUCUGUCAACACUACGUUCAAGCACCAAAUGAUGUGAAGGUUGAGUUUUUAAAUGAGCCAAACCCUGAAUCUGAUAGCAUCGUUGUCUCCUGGAAGCCCAGUUACUAUGGGAUCGCCUUCCUUCGAGGCUUUCAGGUGUUCCUCCAGGCUUUGGGAGGAACUAGUGUUGCAUGUCAGCUCUUUCUCUUCCACCGCAACAUAUCCCUCCCAGCUUCACAUGCUCAAAGGGUGUACAAGUCAGACCCAUUCCCCGGCCUCUCCCUUGGAUCCCAAUAUGCCGUGACAGUCAUGGCUCUGCCAGUGCCUGAGAAGUGGGAGAAGUUCUACCACAGUGAGAUCUUCUCUACGCGAUCGUGUGCUGAGAAGAAGGGUUUUGAGCAGUGCAAAAAUGACUGGUACCCGGAACAUAUUGAGGUCCAGCAGGAGGGCACUGCCAUCACUGUGACCUUUAACUUGGCUCCCCCAAAUCUGGGCAUAAGAAGCUACUUCUCACUGUGUUACGCAAAUGGCAUGAAAAAAUACACCAACAUAACACCUGAUUUGACCACAAAUAAAACUCACCAUAGCUAUCAGCUGAACAACCUUCAAGAAGGAGCCAAUUACACCUGUGAGAUUGCAGCUAAUGAAGUGGAUGCAGUUAGGAAGGUGUUCAAUGUCCGGGUCACUCAUAUUCAGAACGAAGACGCCUCCCCACGCUCUGCCGCGCCCUCCUUGGCUGUGAUUCUUCCACUGUGUCUGGUCGCUGUAGCCAUACUUGGAGCCUGUCUGGCUAUUCUCAGUAGGAGGAGGCCUGAGCUGCAGAUGAAGAAAUUUAACAUGCAACCAGAUAUUAUCAGCCAACAUGAGGAAGGUGGGGAUCAGGAAGAAGUGGUGUCAUUGCACAGAAACAGGCUGAAACCUCCUCGCCUUCUGAUUUGCUACAGCAGCUAUGAUGGCCCCACUCACAUCAAAGCUGUCAUGCAGUUAGGUGUCUUCAUACAGCAGCACAUGGCCACUCAGGUAUGCCUGGAUCUUUGGGACUCUCUGAGAGUGGCUGAGGAGGGCAGUAUGGCUUGGCACUGCCGGCAGAUCCGGGAGUGUGACUUUGUCUUGGUGAUAUGUUCUCGGGGCUUUAACCGAAGACCCGAGCCAGAGGAUGACAACGAAGAUCUGGAGGUAGGCCUUAAAUCCAACACCUACAGCUCUGGUGUAGUCAUCCAGCUUAUUGGCGAGGAGGUGGGCCGAGCCAAAGCCCGGGGCCAGGACCUGUCCAAAUACAUGGCAGCCAUUUUCGAGUACUCGGAGGAAACAGACAUUCCCACUGAACUGAGGCUCAUUUCUCACUACAUGCUGACAAAUGACUUACCGCUGCUCUUCUCCCACCUUCAUGGAGUGGCUCUGCACAGGCCUGGGGCUUACCUCAAGAUAGACCACAUCUCAGACAAAGGCUUUGCUAAGGUGCCAGCUGGAGCUGCUCUGCAGUGGGCUAUCUAUGAGGCAGGGAUGGCACUGGGAGAAAAGAAGCAGCGCUCUCUGGAAGAAGGUGACUAAAUGGUAAAGAAAGGAAUCCACACACUCCAAUAUAAUGAUACAUCUCAGCUCUAUGUAGGAGAUAAUUGAGUGAAACUGUGGUUUACAGCUGAAGUGCAUCUAUAAUCUGUGCUGAUGAGCCCUUAAACAAUGAGCCAACUAGCCACCUAUACCUUAGCAGCACACUAUGACCUCUGUAAUCCCGCUUGAUAUACACAAUGCUAUCUUUGUGUAGCACACGAUGUGCAUCUAGUAACAUGCAUCCUGGCCAAAAAUACAUUUUCUCAAUUAUACAUUUUCUGUCCCAGAAGUGGAAGCAGAUGGAUGGAUACAUUUUCUAAUCAUUUUCGUGCAGUGUCUCGUAAAAAGCUUCCAGGAAUACAUGAACUGCUAAUCUCAUUAUAAAGCUUACUUUGCAAAACUGUUUAUUUUUUGUUAUGUUACAUAGUUACAUAAUAACAUUAUAAACAAGCACUUUUACAGCCAUGGUUCAUGUGUUUGUGUACUUACAUAUGUAAGAAUUUAAAAAAUGGGUCCUGUCAUUUAAAAUGUUAUCCCAAUGUGAGAUGAAUAAAUGAUGUGAGUUGUCUUGUAUAUUACAUAAUAUUUGUGUAAAAUAAAACAUUUAUUUGCCUCUAAUAAAGUCAAUAAAUACCAUUUUUUAAUACUUUAAAUUUUUAAAAAGCACAGUGCAUUGUCUGACCACCCAGUUAAAGUUUUAAAACACCUGAUAUUAGAGUUUUGUUUCAAGUCUUCUAUUAAAAAUGUGUCAACACUUCUUUUUCCACCUUAGCAUGCUCAUAAUGACUCAUAUCACAGUGUUUAUGCAGCAAAUGGACAGAACCUGAGAUCAGUUUCCAUGUUAGUGUCGAUCAUUACUAGGGACCCGCUAAAUAGAUGGCAUAUUAUCACAUUAAAUAUCUAUUUUUCUCCAAACGAAUGUGGUAAAGAUCCUUCAACUCAAAACCUUCAUAUCUACAAACAGCAUCCCUGGUUGUAAAUGAUAAACAGACUGUUACUUAAAUAGUGCUUUUCUACUCGAACUGAGCACUCAUAGUGCUUUUUCACUUCACCCACUCACAUACACAUUCAUACAAGUGCGUUUUUUUAAGCGCCUUGUCCAACACUUGCACACACACACUAACACUUUGAUGGAUGUAUCAGGGGCAACUCAUGGCUCAGUAUCUUGCCCAAGGAUACUCCAACAUGCAAACUGGCAUAGCCAGGGCUCAAACCACCAACCUGAUUGGUGGCCUGCCUGCUUUACCUCCCUACCAUCUGCUGUACAACCCUAAUUCUGAAAAACACUGUGUGAAAUGUAUGCAAUGCACUGAUUUAAUGAUAAAAACAGAAUUCAAUUAUUUGUUACUCCAUGCUGGAGUAACAUUUUGCAACUCAUCUGGUAAACUGGCAACAGGUCAAGCUGUUGCUCAAUCUGUGCACAUAUGAACAUGAUCCAGGAAUGCUGCUUCCUCUCUGGGCCCAAUCAUUUAAAUUGGACUGAGGCGGGGCGGAAAACUAUUCUGUGGUCAGACAAGUCGCCUCCCCUGGAUCCCUUCCAUCCCUGCCCUCCCCACCCUAGUGCUCCCAUGUUUCUGCACUAUCGCAGAGGUUUUUGUAACCUUAUACUGUGUAUAUGUGUAUGUAUACAGAGUAUGAGAUGAUUUUUUUCCUCA